AUGGACGCCCCCAUGGAGGACGCCCCGGCCCCCGUGGCCCAGGUGAAGGUCAUCUUCACCACUACCGAGCCCGAUCUCGAGCUUCCCGAGAGCAAGCGUCAGCUCCUCGUGCCCGCCGAUAUCCGCCGCUAUGGCCUCUCGCGCAUUCUGAACUCCGAGUCCAUGCUCGACACGGGGUCUAUCCCCUUCGACUUCCUCAUCAACGGCAGCUUCCUGCGAAGUAGCCUCGAGGACUACCUGACCAGCAACGGCCUGUCCCUUGAAACGACACUUACCCUGCAGUAUGUGCGCAGUCUGAUCCCGCCCGUCUAUGAGGCCAGCUUUGAACACGACGACUGGGUCAGCGCUGUCGAUGUGUUGUCCGCUACCUCUCCAGCCGGCCGUUGGUCCUCUGCUGCCAAUUCCAGUGCCGCUGUCCAACCUGGCCAAGAACGUGUGCUCUCCGCCUCAUAUGAUGGUCUCCUCAGGAUAUGGAACGCCUCUGGCAGUGUUAUCGCUACAUCUCCCUCCGGCAGCCACGGCGGGCACACAGCCAGCAUCAAGGCAGCUAAAUUCCUGACCAGCGACCGUCUCGCCUCGGCUGGCAUGGACCGUACUGUGCGCGUGUGGAAGUACACUGAAAGCGACCAUUUCACCGGUGAACUCAAGCCGACGCUCGAACUCUAUGGUCACACCGGUUCAGUUGACUGGCUCGAUGUCGACGGGCAUUCCAAGCACAUCCUGACAGCCUCAGCCGACGGCGCCAUCGGUUUCUGGAGCGCCUCGAAAGCCUCUGCCCCUGAACCAGACGCCUCUCUCCUCCCCGGCGCGCACGUCUCUAAGCGGCGCAAGGCCACCUCCUCCGUCAGCACCGCCCAGCGUGGCCCUCUUGGCCUCUGGUCCAUCCACACUGCCCCGGCAACAGCAGCCAUCUUUGACCCGCGCGAUCGCACAGUGGCCUACUCCGCCUCACAGGACCACACUGUCCGCACACUGGACCUGACGACGGGCCAGGUUGUCAGCACACUGACACUUACUCACCCGCUCCUCUCCCUCAGCGCUCUCACCCGCGCAGGUACCACGUCCCCUCUCCUCGCGGCCGGCACAUCCGCGCGACACAUCACAAUGGUCGACCCGCGCGCCUCGUCGGCAACAACAUCCGUCAUGACGCUGCGCGGGCACGCCAACAAGGUCGUGUCGCUCAGCCCGUCGCCGGAGAACGAGUACUCUUUGGUAUCUGGCUCUCACGACGGGACAUGUCGCGUGUGGGAUCUGCGCAGCGUGCGGCCCGCGACCAAGGAAGAGGGCAGUCUAGGUGGUGUCAGCGAGCCGGUAUAUGUUAUUGAGCGCGAGAGCUGGGCCAGUAAGGGGAAGAAGAAGAGACCGGUUGCUGGCGAUGGGUGCAAAGUGUUUAGUGUGGUGUGGGAUAAGCUGGGUAUUUUCAGCGGGGGUGAGGAUAAGAAGGUACAAGUCAACCGGGGAAGAAAUAUUGUUACCGAGCAAAAAUAG